UCGUGUUUUUGGGGUUGACAGAAGGCUGAGUUCGAUUAAACGGACUGUUUCAGAUAUUCAGGUAACAAAAGAAAAAGAAAAGAUAAAAGCGACGAUGAAAUUGGGCUUUCUGUAACUCGCUCUUGUCAUCGCAAUUAGGGUUCACCGAUGGCUUCUGAUCAAGAACCUGAUGAUUCCGCCAACACUCCGUCCUCGCCGAAGCCCAUAUAUAAGGAUCCAGAUGAUGGACGACAACGGUUCUUGCUCGAGUUGGAAUUCGUGCAGUGUCUUGCUAAUCCCACUUAUAUCCACUAUUUGGCUCAGAAUCGGUAUUUUGAAGAUGAAGCUUUUAUUGGUUACUUGAAAUACCUUCAAUAUUGGCAGCGGCCAGAGUACCUAAAAUUUAUAAUGUAUCCACAUUGCCUAUACUUUCUUGAGCUUCUCCAAAAUGCAAACUUCCGCAAUGCAAUGGCACAUCCUGGCAACAAGGAACUGGCACACAGACAGCAAUUCUAUUUUUGGAAGAACUACAGGAAUAAUCGAUUAAAGCAUAUUUUACCAAGGCCACUUCCCGAACCAGUUGCUGCACCCCCUGCUUCUGUUCCACUUCCUCCCUUGCCACCAACCACUGUCUCGGUUUCUGCUGCCCCUGCUCCUGUGUCUGCUCCUUCUCCUGCUUCAGCCCUUUCUCCUAUGCAGUAUGGGAUUCCAUCUGGUUCUGCUAUACCAAGGAAUGAUAUGAGGAACAGUGGGGUUGAUCGAAGAAAGAGAAAGAAAGAAGUGUGACUUGACAUGUCAUAUUCAAUAAAAGUGAUGGAUGGAGUACACUAGCUGAGUUUGCAGGUCAAACGCCUUUGGUACCUCGGCCAUCUUGUUGUCCCACAAUGGAAGCUUUGAGAUCAAAAAACUGGAAAUGAAGAAGUCAAGUCUCAUUUUAUCUGGCUAUUUCAGGAUUGGGACAACCAUUUUUAUUGUUGGGGUAUCCUUUUUUCAAGGUUAAAGAAUUAUUAUUCCGCAAACAAGAUUUUUGGAAUUUGCCAGUGGUAACUGUCACCCCUAAUUGUUGAUUUCCAGUUCUUGUCAUGGGCUUAAGAUAUUACUUCA